AAGCAUUAAAAUUCCAGCACUAAUAUGUCAUCAAUUAUUAGGAUACCGCUUAGUUCUGUCCAAAACCGACGACCACAAGUAAAAAAGGGUCUUAAUAUUGGAUUCUGUCGUGUAUGUACUUGCUUUAAUGUUGAAUUCUUGACCUCAAAAUGUGCUCUGUUGAAGCUGUUCGAAAUUAUCAUUGGAAGUUGCUGUGAGAUGCUGCUUGUGAGAUUCGCACUUGGUGCUGCGACUGAAAUUGGCGACGCAUUCUUCAGUUUCCACUCGACAGUCACAUCAUGUCUCUUAACAACAUCGCUAUUAAUGAUCUCUUACUUCCUCAGCGCAAAAACAUACAAUUUAAUGCAGCAAACGGUAUUUGAGAUAUUUUUCAACACAUUUGCAUGCUUCCUGUACGCGAGUUCAAGUUCCUACAUUGGAUUCGCGUCAAACUUUUCACUUUAUCCCCGUUUUGUAUCAUCAUCAUCUGAUGCUGCAUUUCCUGCCUUAGUUGCAGCAUAUUAUCUUGGUGCUAUAUUAUCUAUAUGCUAUGGAAUAGAUGCAUGGACGUGCUACAAAGUCUUCAAAUCAGGGGCGUAGUUGGAUUUAUUUCUAGAGAGUCCUUAAAAACCAUUAAAUUUAAAUCAUUUGAAAUAAAAUAAAAAAAAAUCUAUUUUUAAAAUUUUUGUAUUAUUUUAUUGCAAUAAUAUUCAUUUUAUAUUAGGGUUGAUACAAAUUAAGGAGGAAAAUUUUUCUGUUACAUUUUAUUUUUUUCUUUAUUUUUUGAAUUAAACUUUUCUUUAAAAUGUAUGUAAAGAGGCAGUAUUUGGCAGAUCAAUAUUUUUUCAAUAAUAAAGUCUAUGACUAAAUUAAGAUAAAAGAAUUCUUUUUUUUUAUGUAACAUAAUCAAAUACACAUCCAAUUGGAUAUGUCAAAUUUGAAAAAAUGCAUUCUUUCAUACAAGUUUUAAGGAAAUUAAAGUGGAUUUUACACAUUUUUUGGUAACAUAUGGCAUGUUUUGUAGUUUUUCAAUUCUAUUUUUAAAAAAAAAAUCUUUUGGUUUAUGUUUAUCUAAUAUUAAUUUCCUAAAAUUCAAUAGUUUUACUAUAAUUCAAUAUUUAACAUUGAAAGUAGAAAAAAAGGAUGUAUUUUAAAGAUUAAGGAAGAAUUUUGAAAAAUUAUUUUUAAAUUCUAUCGGCAUUCAGCAAUCAGGAAAAGUAUUACAAAAUAAAUUUGAGUUUUACAUUCGUAUGCAAACAUUACAUCUUGAAACUUUUGUAUGAAGUGAUCCUGCUUUCAAUGUUUGUUGUUCUGGUGCACGGAAUUGAUUUUGUUGAUCGAUUGUUACCAUCCAGAAACUUGUCAUUGUCUCGUAGUAGUGACAUUGACCUUUGCCGCCAUUACAUUCAAUAAAUGGUGUUGCACGGAAGUCUUGCAAGCAUGAACCUGGAUCGGCGAGUCCUUGACCACCACCUCCAUGUCCGACAGCAGUGUGCUGGAUAAAAUAGAAGUAAAACUCAGUUAAACAUCACCAAACGAUUGCAUAUACUCACCAUCAUGAAGGUAUAACCAAUCCAAAGACUGUCCCAACCGUAUGGACAUUCAGGAACUUGAACUGAUUGACUGUGGAUGGCAAUAACAUUGGAUGGAACUUCACAGACACUACAACGUGAAAUGUAUGGACGAACUUCGUAAUCUGCGACUGGCAUCAUUGGAAUUUCCUUUGAUGUUGAGAGCCAGAAUGUACGAUCGUUACGUGAUGCAUAAUUACAGACAUUAUUCUGACCACAAGCCAUAACUGGCAUUGUUGAGAAUUUACGAACACAUGAGCCUGGUGAACCUAAAUCUUGAUUAGCUGGAUAAUCGUUUCCAUCAACGUACAUGAGUGAGUAACCGUCCCAUAAUUUCGUAUGUCCUGCAUCACAUUGUGGGAUUUCUUCUGACUGACUGUGCUUAACCAAUAAGAUACCAGUAAGAUAAUCUGGUGCAUGUGUGCAUGGUGCACCGGAAUUACCCUUGAAACCUUGAAGACCUGCUGCUCCGUCACGUCCCGGUGGACCAGUUAAACCGAUUUCGCCUAAUAUUUUAUACAAUUGGAUUACUCUUAUUAAGGAAUAGAUUCACAAGAAGUUACCUCUUAAUCCAGGUGGACCACGUUGACCUUCAAGACCAAUAACACCGAUUGCUCCUUGUUCACCACGUUCUCCUUGUAAACCAAUCAAACCAGGCAUACCAGGUGGUCCUGUUUCUCCCUUUUGCCCAGGCAAACCUUUAAAUAGAUCAAUUAGUAAAGCUUGAUAAUACUGGAACUUUAAAAAUACAAACCUGGUUUUCCUGGUGCUCCAAUAAUUGGUGAAGGGGCUGGAAUACCAGGCUCUCCCUUUUCUCCCAUGAGACCUAAAGAUAACGUGACAUAUUAUAGUUUUGAAAAGCUUAAUGAAAUUUUUAUGCUAGUUUACCUGUUUCUCCAGUGUAUCCCAUAGAACCCUUCAUUCCAACCAAUCCUCGGUCACCUAGUUCAUUAUUAAGUUAUUUUAUUAAUAAGUUCGAGGAUAAUUGGUUUAAAACUAAUCAUACCUGGCUGUCCAGGAGCUCCAUCGAAUCCAGGAAGACCAAUAUCACCCUGUAAUAAUAUAAGUUUGCUUUAUUUCAGGUUUUUAACCUAUUGAAUUAAUCUUGGUAAAUCUGGUAAAAAAAAUUUGGCACGUAAAAAUUUUUGUUCGAACUUUAACGCGUUUUAAGAGCUAAUCUUUUUAAAGAUUAAUGUCACAACAAUGGUUUAAAUAUCAUUAAGAUUAAUUAAGAGAAAAACUAAAACUAGAUUGCAGAAUUUCAAUAAAGAAUUUCUUUGAUGGAGUUUUAUAACAGAAAAAAAUAUUAAAAUUUCACUUUUCAAUUGACAUCAUUGGUCAAUUGUUGUCUCCAUGUGCACACUUAAUGGUUAAACAUCCAUUAACAAUUGUAGAGAGAAUUGAUUUUUAAUGGAUUAUAACUGUAUUUUAUAAAACAAAAAAGAGUUCUUACCUUAUCACCCUUCAUUCCUGGAAUUCCAUUUCUUCCAUCCAAACCUGGUGCACCUUGAUCACCUUUAGGUCCAGUUGGUCCAAGUGGGCCUGGGAAUC